GUAUGGAGUGUAAUUUCUCAGACACCUCUAAAUCAUCUAGAGACUCUGCUCUUUGUAGCUAAAGUCUCCCAUAUCAUAAACCCUAAAUCUAAGUCGCCAAAACUGGUGAUCGAUUCUUCUCCAGCAAUUUGAUUCACCUUCUAGUUCGUAACGAGAAUCAUUGUUGAUUCCUUCACAUUUGGUGGUUUACUGAGAAGGGUCUAUAACUCAGAGAAGCUGUUGAUAUUAGCACAGAGGGAAGUUUUCAGAGGAAAACGGGGAAAAUGUUAGUGAAAUCGUCGUUUGUGUCAGUGAUUGCUCUCUCUAUUCGUUGGCUUUGAUGAUCGAAUGAUUUUACCUGGUCUGUGUUUCACUGAUUUGGUCUGAGGUAACUGAAAUCGUUAAUGCACACAACCUGUUCGACGUAAUGCGUAGCUGAGAUUCUCUAGCAAAAGGUUUAUUCUUUACUAUUGUUUAGUAAUGGGUAGCAAAAUGAUGAUGUUCAAGUGGUCUAAGAAUAUCACGCCUUCACAAGUUAUCAAACUGAUGCGAGCUGAAAAAGACGUGGAGAAGUCAAUUGCGGUUUUUGAUUCCGCAACGGCAGAAUACGCAAAUGGGUACUUACAUGAUCAGAGUUCUUUUGGUUAUAUGGUGUCGAGGUUGGUCUCUGCUAAUAAGUUCAAAGCAGCUGAAGAUAUUGUUGCAAGAAUGAAGAUUGAGAAUUGUGUUGUUAGUGAAGAUAUUUUGCUUUCUAUAUGUAGAGGGUAUGGUCGGGUUCAUAGGCCGUUUGAUUCUUUAAGGGUUUUUCACAAGAUGAAGGAUUUUGAUUGUGAUCCUAGCCAGAAGGCUUAUGUCACUGUUCUUGCUAUUCUCGUGGAAGAGAAUCAGUUAAAUUUGGCCUUUAAGUUUUACAAGAAUAUGAGAGAGAUUGGUUUGCCUCCUACCGUGGCAUCUCUCAAUGUUUUGAUCAAAGCUCUUUGCAGAAAUGACGGGACAGUGGAUGCUGGUCUUAAGAUUUUUCAUGAAAUGCCUAAACGAGGGUGUGAUCCGGAUUCUUACACAUAUGGAACCUUGAUUAGUGGUUUGUGUCGGUUCGGAAGGAUAGAUGAGGCGAAGAAGUUGUUUACGGAGAUGGUUGAAAAGGACUGUGCACCAACUGUUGUUACAUAUACUUCUCUGAUUAACGGUUUGUGUGGAUCGAAAAAUGUUGAUGAAGCAAUGAGAUAUGUUGAAGAGAUGAAAGGUAAAGGCAUCGAGCCGAAUGUUUUCACGUACAGUUCUUUGAUGGACGGUCUUUGCAAAGAUGGUCGUUCUUUGCAAGCCAUGGAGUUAUUUGAGAUGAUGAUGGCUAGAGGCUGCAGGCCAAACAUGGUAACGUAUACCACUUUGAUCACUGGUCUCUGUAAGGAGCAGAAGAUUCAAGAAGCCGUUGAACUUCUCGAUAGAAUGAAUCUUCAGGGUUUAAAACCUGAUGCUGGAUUAUAUGGGAAAGUAAUCAGUGGGUUUUGUGCUGUCAGUAAGUUUCGCGAAGCUGCCAAUUUCCUCGACGAGAUGAUUCUAGGAGGAAUUACUCCAAAUCGUUUAACUUGGAACAUCCAUGUUAAGACAAGUAAUGAAGUAGUCCGAGGUCUUUGUACAAACUAUCCAAGUCGUGCAUUUACUCUAUAUCUAAGCAUGAGGAGUAGAGGCAUCUCGGUUGAGGUUGAAACACUAGACUCUUUGGUGAAGUGUUUGUGCAAAAAGGGUGAAUUCCAGAAAGCUGUUCAAUUAGUUGACGAGAUAGUGACUGACGGAUGUAUUCCAAAUAAAGGAACAUGGAAGCUACUUAUAGGUCACACGUUGGAUAACACAAUUGUAGGAGAAGCUUCAGAUUCUCUUCUCAGAGAUUUGGAUAUCUAAGUUAGUGCAAGGAAGAUUAGAAUAAGACAGCUGAAGCAAACAUAUCGCGUGGAACAACAUACACAAACAUUGAGAUAUUCUAUUCAAAAGACCAUCUCAGAAGAAUGGUAAAGCACAAGAUACAACAGAGAAUUUCAGAGAUUCCAAAGGGGUUAAGAAGAUU